AUGAACUCCUUCGAGGACGAUUUUAACGGGAAGACCAUGAACUUCCAGGAGCAGCAACGGCGACAGGUGAUCAUGAACACAAUAGAGAACCAUGACUAUUUGUUGGUGGUGGCCAGCCAGCAGAAUAAGACAGUGGAGCAGGUGAAGUAUGAGUUGAUGAUGAAGCUUAUGAGAAAGCUGUAA